AUACAACAACGUCGAGGCCUUCCACUUUCAAUUCUCUGCAAAUUGUCCACAAACAAGGUGCGCAUGUUUCGACGAUACACCAACAAUUUAGCCUAUAUAUCCUUCUAACUAUUCUAUAAAAACCUGUCCAUUUCUUCAACUUCAAACAUAAAAAAUAAAAAUAAACAGAGUAUUUUCUUUGAUUCCUAAUAUUUUCUUGUCCAUCUCCUCUUAAUUAGUAGCUCGCAAAAGCUCAGACGGUAAGUCAUGGGAGCCUGUGCGAGCAAACCUAAGGAUUUCGAUAAGGAGUUGGCCCCUGCCCCUGAGCCUGCCACCCCCAAAAAGACCGAGCAGGAGACCCCUGUCCCUGCUUCUCAGGAGAAGAAAGAUGGGGAGGAGGCUAAAAAGGAAGAGCCUUCGGUAGAUGUGUCUGCACCAGCAUCAGAGGCUCCCAAGAUUGAUGAAGUAACCGCUGCUACCGCCCCGGCGGCCGCCGAGGAGGUGAAGCCUGCAAAGGAGGAGGAGAAGAAGACUGAGGAAGUCAAACCAGAGGAGAAGAAGGUAGCUGAAGAGGCCCCAAAACCUGCUGCUCAGUAAAUAAUAAUAAAACAAAAAUACAAUCCUUAAACCCCCUUUGUUAAUUUUCAUUUGCAUCUAAUUUUUGUUCUGUCACAUAUUGGAAUGUUUUGCUACUUUUUUCAUUUGUUGUGGUAAAAGAAAAACAAAAAAUAAAUAAAGAAAAGUUUCCAAACA